GUAAGUAACUGAAGGGGACAUGAAGAAUUGACAUUUAAAUGGCCAGCAUGUUGCAAAAGUCUGACAGCAAUGCAAGCUUUCUCCGAGCUGCCAGAGCUGGCAAUCUAGACAAAGUAGUGGAAUACCUGAAAAGUGGAAUAGACAUUAACACGUGUAAUCAGAAUGGACUCAAUGCUCUGCACCUGGCGGCUAAAGAAGGCCAUGUGGGACUGGUACAAGAAUUGUUGGAAAGAGGGUCGGCUGUGGAUUCUGCCACCAAGAAAGGGAAUACAGCCCUGCACAUUGCAUCCUUAGCAGGACAAGCUGAAGUCGUCAAAGUUCUGGUUAAGGAAGGAGCCAAUAUUAAUGCACAAUCUCAGAAUGGCUUUACUCCUUUAUAUAUGGCAGCUCAAGAGAACCACAUUGAAGUGGUGAAAUAUCUCCUGGAGAAUGGAGCCAACCAAAGCACAGCUACUGAGGACGGCUUCACUCCUCUAGCUGUUGCGCUGCAGCAAGGCCACAACCAGGCGGUGGCCAUCCUCCUGGAAAAUGACACCAAGGGGAAAGUGAGAUUACCAGCUCUGCAUAUUGCCGCUAGAAAAGAUGACACCAAAUCAGCGGCGCUCUUACUGCAGAACGACCACAAUGCCGACGUGCAGUCCAAGAUGAUGGUGAAUAGGACGACUGAGAGUGGCUUUACACCUUUGCACAUAGCCGCGCACUAUGGAAAUGUCAAUGUGGCAACGCUUCUGCUAAACCGAGGAGCUGCAGUCGAUUUCACAGCAAGGAAUGGAAUCACCCCACUGCAUGUGGCUUCCAAAAGGGGAAACACAAACAUGGUGAAGCUCUUGUUGGAUCGCGGAGGGCAGAUCGAUGCCAAAACCAGGGAUGGACUCACCCCGCUCCACUGUGCUGCAAGAAGUGGACAUGACCAAGUCGUAGAGCUGCUCCUGGAACGAGGUGCCCCACUGCUUGCGCGGACCAAGAAUGGACUCUCUCCACUUCACAUGGCGGCCCAGGGGGACCACGUGGAAUGCGUCAAACACCUACUGCAGCACAAGGCGCCCGUGGAUGACGUCACGCUGGAUUACCUGACCGCCCUCCACGUGGCCGCACACUGCGGCCACUAUCGCGUCACCAAACUCCUUCUGGACAAGAGAGCAAAUCCCAAUGCUCGUGCCCUGAAUGGUUUUACUCCACUGCACAUUGCCUGCAAGAAAAAUCGCAUCAAAGUCAUGGAACUCCUGGUGAAAUAUGGGGCUUCAAUCCAGGCUAUAACGGAGUCGGGCCUCACACCAAUACACGUGGCUGCAUUUAUGGGCCACUUGAACAUAGUCCUCCUUCUGCUGCAGAACGGAGCCUCUCCCGAUGUCACUAACAUUCGUGGAGAAACUGCAUUGCACAUGGCGGCACGUGCCGGGCAGGUGGAAGUAGUUCGCUGCCUCCUGAGAAACGGGGCCCUGGUUGAUGCCCGAGCCAGGGAAGAACAGACUCCACUGCACAUUGCUUCUCGCUUGGGUAAAACGGAGAUCGUCCAACUUCUGCUGCAGCACAUGGCCCACCCUGAUGCCGCAACAACUAAUGGGUACACUCCACUGCACAUCUCUGCCAGAGAGGGACAAGUUGACGUCGCGUCCGUUCUCCUAGAGGCAGGUGCCUCGCACUCCAUGUCCACCAAAAAGGGAUUCACACCUUUGCAUGUGGCGGCCAAAUACGGGAGCCUGGAAGUGGCAAAACUGCUGCUGCAGCGUCGUGCCUCUCCCGAUUCAGCUGGCAAGAACGGCCUCACUCCCCUCCAUGUGGCAGCCCAUUACGACAACCAGAAGGUGGCCUUGCUGCUGCUGGAGAAGGGUGCUUCGCCCCACUCGACCGCCAAGAAUGGAUACACCCCUCUGCAUAUUGCUGCCAAGAAAAAUCAGAUGCAGAUAGCUACCACUCUGUUGAACUAUGGGGCCGAGACCAACAUUUUGACCAAGCAGGGAGUCACCCCGCUUCAUCUGGCCUCCCAAGAAGGUCACGCUGACAUGGUGACCUUGCUUUUGGAGAAAGGAUCCAAUAUCCAUGUGGCAACAAAGACCGGACUGACAUCCUUACACCUUGCAGCUCAAGAGGAUAAAGUGAACGUAGCUGAAAUACUCACAAAACACGGUGCAAACCAAGACGCUCAGACAAAGCUUGGUUAUACACCUUUAAUUGUGGCGUGUCACUAUGGAAACAUCAAAAUGGUGAAUUUUCUUCUCAAGCAGGGAGCAAAUGUCAAUGCUAAAACAAAGAAUGGCUACACCCCUCUUCACCAAGCUGCUCAACAAGGCCACACUCACAUCAUUAACGUUCUUCUCCAGCAUGGGGCCAAGCCCAACGCCACCACCACUAAUGGUAACACUGCCUUAGCUAUUGCAAGGCGCCUGGGAUAUAUCUCAGUGGUCGAUACGCUGAAGGUUGUAACGGAGGAGAUUACCACCACCACAACUACUGUAACAGAGAAGCACAAGCUAAAUGUACCUGAGACAAUGACUGAGGUCCUGGAUGUUUCAGAUGAAGAAGGUGAUGACACAAUGACAGGAGAUGGAGGAGAGUACCUUAGGCCAGAAGACCUCAGAGAACUAGGAGAUGACUCUUUACCAAGCAGCCAGUUCUUAGAUGGUAUGAACUACCUAAGGUACAGCUUGGAAGGAGGACGAUCUGACAGCCUGCGAUCCUUCAGUUCAGACAGGUCCCACACGUUGAGCCAUGCCUCCUACCUGAGGGACAGUGCCAUGAUUGACGAUACGGUUGUAAUCCCCAGCCAGCAGGUAACAACUCUGGCCAAAGAAGCUGAAAGGAAUUCAUAUCGCUUAAGCUGGGGCCCUGAAAACUUGGACAAUGUGACUCUUUCUUCCAGCCCUAUUCAUUCAGGAUGCUCCUCUCCAUGUCUUGAUCAUGACAACAGCAGCUUCCUAGUUAGUUUCAUGGUGGAUGCUCGUGGGGGUGCCAUGAGGGGUUGCAGACAUAACGGACUACGAAUCAUUAUUCCUCCGCGGAAAUGCACUGCUCCAACGCGAGUGACUUGCCGGUUGGUGAAACGACACAGACUGGCCACCAUGCCUCCCAUGGUGGAAGGCGAAGGCCUGGCCAGCCGCCUGAUUGAAGUCGGACCAUCUGGUGCUCAGUUUCUUGGUAAACUUCAUCUGCCUACGGCUCCUCCCCCACUUAAUGAGGGAGAAAGCUUGGUCAGCCGAAUCCUUCAGCUGGGGCCUCCUGGGACCAAAUUCCUUGGGCCUGUGAUUGUGGAGAUUCCCCAUUUUGCUGCUCUGCGUGGGAAGGAGAGAGAGCUGGUGAUCCUGCGCAGUGAGAACGGGGACAGCUGGAAGGAGCAUUUCUGUGAAUACACUGAAGAUGAACUGAAUGAAAUCUUGAAUGGGAUGGAUGAAGUACUUGACACUCCAGAGGAGCUUGAGAAGAAACGUAUCUGCCGCAUCAUCACCCGAGAUUUCCCCCAGUACUUUGCCGUGGUAUCCCGAAUCAAACAGGACAGCAACCUUAUCGGACCUGAGGGAGGUGUGCUGAGCAGCACUGUUGUACCACAAGUGCAGGCAGUCUUCCCAGAAGGGGCUCUAACCAAACGAAUUCGCGUUGGCCUCCAGGCUCAACCUAUGCAUACUGAACUUAUAAAGAAGAUUUUAGGCAACAAGGCUACCUUCAGUCCUAUAGUCACGCUGGAGCCCAGGAGAAGGAAGUUCCAUAAACCCAUCACGAUGACAAUUCCUGUCCCCAAGGCCUCCAGUGAUGGGAUCAUGAAUGGUUAUGGAGGCGACACACCCACUUUAAGGUUACUAUGCAGCAUAACAGGAGGAACCACCCCUGCCCAAUGGGAAGACAUCACUGGAACCACACCGCUGACAUUUGUUAAUGAAUGCGUUUCCUUCACAACAAACGUGUCUGCCAGAUUUUGGUUGAUAGACUGUCGACAGACACAAGAAUCUGUUACUUUUGCUUCCCAAGUGUACAGAGAGAUUAUCUGUGUCCCCUACAUGGCCAAAUUUGUGGUGUUUGCCAAAUCACAUGAUCCCAUUGAAGCACGGUUAAGAUGUUUUUGCAUGACAGAUGACAAGGUGGAUAAAACUCUAGAACAACAAGAAAAUUUUGCUGAAGUUGCCAGAAGCAGGGAUGUAGAGGUAUUAGAAGGAAAACCCAUCUAUGUUGACUGCUUUGGUAAUUUGGUGCCACUAACAAAGAGUGGGCAACAUCAUAUAUUCAGUUUUUUUGCCUUCAAAGAAAAUAGACUUCCUCUGUUUGUUAAGGUGCGAGAUACCACUCAAGAACCCUGUGGACGAUUAUCAUUCAUGAAGGAGCCAAAAUCUACAAGAGGCCUCGUUCAUCAAGCCAUAUGUAAUUUAAACAUCACUUUACCCGUUUACACAAAGGAAUCAGAAUCAGAUCAAGAACAAGAAGAAGAGGUGGAUAUGACUUCAGAAAAAAAUCAACAGGAUGAUCAGGAAAGGACAGAGGAAAGACUGGCCCACAUUGCUGAUCAUCUUGGAUUCAGCUGGACAGAGCUAGCAAGAGAACUGGAUUUCACAGAAGAGCAAAUUCACCAGAUCCGAAUUGAAAAUCCUAAUUCACUUCAAGACCAGAGCCAUGCACUCCUCAAAUACUGGCUUGAAAGGGAUGGGAAACACGCAACAGAUACAAAUCUUACCCAAUGUCUCACAAAAAUCAACCGAAUGGAUAUUGUUCACCUCAUGGAGACCAGCGGCAUAGAUUCCAUGCAGGUCCACGGCACUCGCACGUACGCAGAAAUUGAGCAAACAAUAGGAUUGGACCAUAGUGAAGGGUUUUCUGCACUGCAAGAAGAAGUGUACAGUUCAAGACAUAAGCAAGAAGAACAACAUAGACUACUAUCUAAAGACAGUGAGCCAACUGAACACCCUCCUAUUGUCUCUGAGGAAGACGUGUCUGUCAGUUAUUCUCCUUUUCAGGACAGUACUCCCAGGAGUGAGGCAGAAGUAUCAAUGGCUGAGCUCCUGAGACAACCACAAAAGGAACAAGUAGAAGCUGAAUUCUCAGGGAAACCCCAAGCUGUGCCAGAAGAAACAUCUGCUCCACAACGUGAAUAUUUUGUCACAAGUCCAGGAACAGAGCAGUCUACAGCCCCAGUAACUGGAAAAGCAGCGAGCGAAAGAUCUGCACACAGCAGUGCGGCAAAGGAAGAGAGAGAAAAACCAUCCCCACAGCCCCCAUCAUCUGCUCAGAGAGGUGACUCUCCCAUCAUCCAAGAGCCCGAGGACCUCCAGCUCCACCAGGAUGACCUCUCUCCAAGGAGAACUAGUCUAGUGAUAGUGGAGUCAACUGAUGAGCAGACAGAAAAGUUUGGAAGAGGCUAUGAAGAGGAAUCUUUAGAAAAGGCUGAUAGUAUGCCUGAAAUGCCACCAGAAACAGUCACAGAAGAGCAAUAUACAGAUGAACAUGGCCACACAGUGGUGAAGAAGGUCACUAGAAAGAUCAUCCGGCGAUACGUUUCUCCAGAUGGCACAGAAAAAGAGGAAGUCCUAAUGCAAGGAACGCCACAAAACCCUGUCACUGUCGAAGAAGGCGAUGGCUAUUCCAAAGUCGUAAAACGGGUUGUGCUGAAGAGCGACAGUGAACAGUCAGAGGUGACUCUGUCUGAGCCUGCUGUUUUGCCUAGUGCCUCCAAAUUCCAGUCUGAACCAGUGGAAGGCCGUAAGGUCAGCAAAGUCAUAAAGACCACUGUAGUGCAAGGAGAGAGAAUGGAGAAACACCUGGGGGAUGCUAGCUUAGCUACUGAUCUUCCGUCAGCCAAAGAGGACUUUGAAGAGGACAACGCUGAGUAAAGCCAGCACGCAGAAGAGGACUGUGAUGAAGGAUCGGUAUGGAAAACAUGUUCACAUAGAAGAGCUGGAAGACACACCAGAAGCACUACCACAGGAUGACCUCCAACAUGACCUCCAGCAGCUUCUUAGACACUUCUGCAAAGAGGACUGGAAACAGGAGGCGAAGUGAGAAGCUGCCACCCCUCAACAACACCACAUAACCAUCCAUCCCGUACGCAGCAUUCAUCUUCUCUAGGUGUAGACAUUAUUACCUACAUAAUCACUGGAAGACACUGCCAUUUCUACUUGUGCAGAUGCAGUGAAUUCAUUUCUUCCCCCCCGUGUUUGAUUUUGGGUUUUUGUUAUUUUUUACCCCGUGAGCUAAUUUGUGACCAAAGAUAUCAUCCUUCAUUCAGGAUGAUUUAUCCACCAAAUCGUCGUCUUUGUGCUGUACUGGGAAUUUGUCAGCAUCGCCACUUCUUGCUGUUCCUUUGCUUCUGCACUAGCUUCAUGAAAUCGCAUUUGUCAAGCGAACUUCAUCUACAGGCCUCUUCAAGUGACUAUGUACAUGCACCAUAAAAAAAGGGAGUUAACAUGUAAACUGUAUAUAGCAAGAGUAUUUGGACUUACAAGACUGCAGAAAACACACUGCCUAUGACUACAAUUAGCAUCAUGGAUUACAAGGUCUAUUGACACUGCUGAAGAGCGAUUAAUAAGAUAAUGUUAACACAAUCGACUGCAAACACAGACUGACUAAGGAGGAAGCACUGCAGAUCUACUGCAUCCAUAAGACUUCCAGUUUAGGGACCUAUUAUAGUUAAAGGCUCUAAGAGUCAGGCUAAAAACCUGGAAAUUCAGCUGUUCUCACGAAGUAACAGCUGACCGUGGCCAUUAAUACUUCUAAGACCUUCGGACAGCCACUUAAAGAUUUCCAGAAAA